CGAGAGAGCGCAUAACUGAUAUUUACUGCUCAGAUUACUGUCUACCUGGUAGUUUACUGUAACAAUCGAUACAGCACUGAACCCAUACGUCAGUCGGCCGACACCUGAUCAGACGAGAACCACCGGUUUUAUCGCCGGUGUCAAUGCGUCGCAGAGUGACAUAAACAACCCCCCUUCAUAUUGAUAUCGCUUCUACCUUAUCACAAAUACAACCACAACUGUACCGUUCUACCAGCGUCGCCGGUGCGAAUUACCUCAAAAUGGAUGCCAGCUACCUUUCCGAGCAGGUUAAUAUAAUAGUUAGCCAGCUACAUAGCCUCUUCGACGAGAUUGGCGUCCCUAAUCAUGAUCGCGAAAAUAGAGAAGCAGAGCUCUUCGCAGCUCUCUCCGAUACCCUGAACAAUCAGGUGCAACAGGUGACGGCAGAGAAGAAAGAUAUGCUAGAAGAGGCCCAACGAACUAUCAAUUUGAUUCGCCAGAUGGAAGCAUCUCUUGAGGGCUCCCGAUCCCAGCAGCGCUACUCUGUAGAGGAUGAUGAUCUUCGCAUCACUUUCCCACUCACAAGAUGCCUAUCGAAAUUGAAAGAAAAGCAUACGCAAAUAAGCAAGCUUCACCGUGAAAGAUUCGAACAGGUUAAGAAACUUGUCCAAGCUCUUGAGUCCUAUUCCUCCCAUCUCGAGCCGACAUUCAUCAAAAUUACUUUACCACCUACGGGUCCGAACCAAUCUAUUCCGGCCAACUUCGAUCUUUCCCCUGCCUACGUCAAGAAGCUAGACGACGAAUUUACUCGAGUCUACGAAGAGUACACGCGACGAGUGUCCACAGUCGAGACUUUGUCGGAGCACAUUAUCCAACUAUGGGCAGAGUUGGGUACGCCCCAGGCACAAACUGAUAAUGCAAUUAUGAAGUACUAUCGCCAUGCCCCUGAACAGCUUGGUCUACAUGAAGAUGAUAUCACCAGACUUCGUAACAAGCGAGACAAGUUGGCAAACGAGAAGAAGGAUCGCGAGAAGCGUAUAAGAGACCUCAGGGCCUCUGUCGAAGCUCUUUGGGAGAAGCUAGGCAUUGAAGAAUCAGAGCGUAAGGCGUUCUUGAACGGAAAUCGCGGCUGCGGAAUUCGACAGAUCAACGAGUUUGAGGAUGAAUUAAUGAAGUUGAAUGAGCUCAAACGACAGAAUUUGCAUCUAUUUGUGGAGGAUGCGCGAUUCAAGCUUCAGGAGCUAUGGGAUGCUCUGUACUUUUCCGAAGAUGAAAUGCUCGAGUUUACCCCGGCCUUCUCUGACGUCUACAGCGAUGCGCUACUAGAAGCUCACGAACGCGAGAUCUCCCGGCUUGAAACAUUAAAGGAUCAGCGAGCACCUACUCUGGCGCUAGUUGAAAAGCACCGCACUCUAGUCCACGAUCGAGAUGAACUUGCCACAUCUAGCCAGGAUGCGUCUCGUUUAAUGAUGCGUGGACAGAAAGGAGAAAGACGGGACCCUGGAAAGUUGCUGCGUGAAGAGAAGAUGCGCAAGAGAAUUGCUAAGGAGCUGCCUAAAGUUGCAGCCGAGCUUGCUAAGCUUCUAGAGAAAUGGGAAGACGAGUACGGUCGUCCAUUCCUUGUUCAUGGCGAAAGGUAUCUAGACCUUCUAGAGCCUGAAGGUCCCAAGCAAGCUCCUGGCCCGAGAUCCAAGACCCCAGCAGGUCCUCCGCCAUCAGUAAACAAGGCGCAGAAAGGGCCAGUACUUACUCGCGCCAAUAGUACUGCCAGCAAAGCUGCUGGUAUCAUAAGAUCGAAGACACCGACUGCGAAUGGAAAUGGUAAUGGAAACGGCACACUCAAAAGAGCCCCGACGUCAAAUCACGCAUCGAAGGAAUCGAAAGAUUUGAAAGGGAGCCCAUCUAGAAUUCCAGCACGAGUUCCCUUAUCAAAUCUUAAGCAUGGUAACAACUCACCCGAGAGAGCCCGGCCUGAAUCACGAUCACAGGCGUUGCGUUCUGGUCAAGUGCUUAUGCGCGCACCUCCCCCCAAGAUGAGAGAUCUGGGACCGCCUCCUGAGUUGGAGACACCGAUGAACCCUUAUCGAGGCACCGGGCUUGGAUCAAGCUGCCAUGUUCGCGCGGUUGAACCCGAGGAUGUGUAUGAUGACAACAGAUAUGACCGCGAUUCGUAUUCGACAUACAGCAGACCUGACUCACGCGAAGAUCCGCACAUAUCAAUUCAUAGCGAUCGACUGGCGCAUUCCAACUACCCUCAGGCACCUCCCCCGAGACAAAUAUCAAACACCUCCACAGUUGUAACUGGUUCAGAGAAUUGGGAGACGUACGACGAUAACUCCGAGCCUGAACCCGACGUCUCUGACACCUACUACGCUAAAUUACGAGCUGCGAGGGGAAAGCGAUUCACGCCAGAAGACUCCUACGCUCGCCCACAGUCCAGUCAGGCCAAACGACAGCGUGGCUUACCUCCUUCUAUGCAUGCAGGGCAUGCCAUGAUUGACGAUGCAGGCAACCGAAUUGUGUCGGGAAGCGAGUGGACCGAUGAAGACGCUUACUGAGCUCUUCUCGCCAGUCUCCCCAAUGCCCAAUACAUGGACAAUACACGGAUAAUGAGCUUCUGAGGAAAUAACGCAUGUUAACGUUAUGAUUCAUGGGAUGCUUACCUAGUUACGUAUUUGACGACAUG